AUGAUAACUACUGAAAGAACAAUUUCUCUUUCUUAUAAACUUUCAUCUGAAUUGAUAGAAAUCAAUCUCAACUUAACUGUGCCAAGCUUGGAAGACAAAUGGCUAAGAUUUGAAACUGCUGUUGCUCAACAACAAGUUGAGCAGGCUCAGGCCAGUGCUGAAAUUAGUACUGAUGUGGUAAGGGUCUUGACAAGACCAAUAUCCACAAGUUCUACAAAAAGCACUAUAGGCUUAAAAGCUUGUAUAGAUAGUCAUCACUGUUCUAAGCAAAUGCUUAAAUCAUUAGACAGAGAAGCAGUAAUAGAGUUCACUGCACCUUCAGAAUUAACACACUGGGUUGAUGGUAAUACUCGCCAAAAGGACAAACCUAACAACACGAAAGAGGGUGACACUGGAGAGACAGAGAGAUUUUUAGCUAUAUUAUAUUUACUUAACACAACUAUGAGGUUUGAACUUUAUAAUAUGAUUGAAUAUCCAACAAUUCAAUACACUGGGUUGAUGAAGUAUAUCCACCAAAGGACAACUUCUCUUUUUUAUAGAUUUUUAUCUGAGUAUGAUAAAAAGUUCAAAUGUUAA